AUGGCGAGCAACAGGUCCGCCGUGCUGCCCGAGGGCAUCUUUUCCCUCCUCGAUACCGACCUCUACAAGCUCACCAUGCAGUGCUGCAUUCUCAGGUUCUUCCCUAGUGUUCCUGUCACCUACGGAUUCACCAAUCGCACCCCGGAGAAAAAGCUCACUCGAGCCGCCUUCAAGUGGCUAGAGGCCCAAGUAGCCAAGUUUGGAGAUAUCUCGCUUUCCGCCGACGAACUCCGCUUCCUGCAGAGUAAUUGCCCCUACCUGAACAGCGACUACCUGCGCUUCCUUUCCGAAUUCCGCCUGCAACCCUCAAAGCAGUUGAAACUCGUAUUUACUCCCGACCAUGACCUAGGCCAGGACAGCGACGUUGGUGCCUUCUUCAUACAUACCGAAGGCCUCUGGGUGGAUACCAUUCUCUACGAAAUACCCCUGCUCGCCCUGAUUAGCGAAGCCUAUUUCAAGUUCUGCGAUACAGACUGGUCACACGAGGGCCAGGUGAAUAAGGCCUACCAGAAAGGGGCGACGCUUCUGCAAGAAGGCUGCAUGUUCUCCGAGUUCGGCACCAGGAGACGUCGCGACUAUCAUACCCAGGAUUUGGUCCUACAGGGGUUGCGUCGGGCGCAGGACGAGGCCGACGCGAACGGAUGGCCAGGGAGAUUGACUGGCACGAGCAACGUCCACUUUGCCAUGAAACACCAGCUGACUCCCAUUGGUACCGUCGCGCAUGAGUGGUUCAUGGGAGUAGCUGCCAUCACCAAUGACUAUGAGCAUGCCAACGAGAUCGCGCUCGACUAUUGGACGGCAACGUUCGGGGAGGGUGUCCUGAGUAUCGCCCUCACGGAUACUUUCGGGACGCCAGCUUUUCUGCAGGCUUUCAAGAAGACAAUACCAUCGCGCGCGUCGACGGGCAUGCCUGUCGAGGGAGGUCCAGCGGAGCAGCAGUCUGCAACGACCUUCGCGCAGGUUUUCUCGGGUGUACGGCAGGAUUCCGGAGAUCCGCUAGAUUUCAUCAAAAUGAUGCGUGAGUUCUAUGUUGAGCAAGGCAUCAGGGAAAAGAAAACAAUUGUGUUUUCAGACUCUUUGAAUGUCGACCUUUGCCUCAAGUAUAAAUCAGCCGCCGAGGCACAAGGAUUUCAGCCAACCUUUGGCGUGGGCACCUUCUUCACAAAUGACUUUGUCCAGCAGUCAACUGGCAACAAAUCAAUUCCGCUCAACAUUGUCAUCAAACUAUCCUCGGCGGGGGGCCGUGCAGCUGUGAAGAUUAGCGAUAAUAUGGGGAAAAACACGGGCGACCAGGCGACCGUUGAGGAAGUCAAAAAGCGUCUCGGCUACAAGGAAAAGUUGUGGGCCGGUGGGGAUGAAAGCACCCGCUGGGGUACGGAAACUACUCCACCGUAA